UAUUUAAAUUAUAAUGAAUUACAUCAAUUUUUAUUGAAAAUAGCAAAUAGAUAUCCAAAUAUUACCAAGCUAUACUCAAUAGGGAAAUCAAUACAUAAUAGAGAUUUAUGGGCUAUCGACAUUGGUGUCAAGGAUCAAAAGUUCAAACCUUCGGUUAAACUAGUGGGAAAUAUGCAUGGUGAUGAGGUGGUUGGUAGACAAAUGUUGGUAUAUUUAAUAGACUAUUUAUGUUUAAAAUACUACCAAAAGAAUGUAGAAGCUAUGGAAAUACUAGAAAAUAUCGAACUAUCAAUUGUACCUUCAAUGAAUCCAGAUGGUUAUGAAUUGGGUCAAAGAGAAAAUGCAAAUAACUUUGACUUGAACAGAAAUUUCCCGGAUAAAUUCGUUGGCUUUUCAUCAGAGCUUUAUAAAGUAGUCCAACCAGAGGUGCGUGCAAUCAUAGAAUGGUGUAAAAAGAAAAACUUCAUUAUGAGCGCUAAUUUACAUGGUGGUUCACUGGUUGCAAAUUAUCCAUAUGAUUCAACAAGAGACUCUCCAAAUGGCUAUGGUUUUGGUAUUCAAUUUCCAUCACCGGACGACGUUGUUUUUAGAAAGAUGGCUUUGACCUAUUCACUAAAUCAUCGUGAAAUGUCUAAAUCAUCAGAAUUUUUAGGUGGAAUAGUUAAUGGCGCCAAAUGGUAUACCCUAAGAGGUGGAAUGCAAGACUGGAACUAUGAUUUUACAAACAAUAUGGAAAUAACUUUGGAGCUUUCUUAUGAUAAAAUACCAGAUUCAAACCAACUUAAUAAAUAUUGGGAUGAUAAUAGAAAGUCACUUUUGAAAUUUAUAGGGCUACCAUUAAGAUUGGGCGUCUAUGGAAGAGUCACCAAUGAAAAGAAUGAAAAUCUAUUGGCUGAAAUCAAGGUUGCAAGAAAUGAACGUACCAUUACUACAGAUCCUGCCAAUGGUUAUUAUACAAGAUUAUUAGAUGAUGGCUUUUAUAAUAUUACUGCAAGUGCCAAUGGCUAUAUCCCAGUCACCAAAUUUAUUUUAUUAAAUGCAAAUACAAGAACCAAUUUAGAGUUUAUUUUAAAAAAAGAAUAA